AUGACCGAGUCAUCUCAAACAUGGGUUGUCGUUGGUGCGUCCCGCGGCAUCGGCCUCGAGUUCGCCAAGCAGCUUCUCGAGGUUGGACAGCGAGUAAUCGCAACAGUGCGCGAUCCAAAUAACGCAGAACAACUAUCGAGUGUGAUUCAAGCUCAAAAGAACACAGUGAAUUGUACGAUUGAGCAGUGUGAUGUCACCAGCAGCGAGAGCAUCGACAACUUUGCUGCGAAGAUGAGUGCACUUGUAAAGAGUGGCACAAAACUGGACAAUGUCAUUAUCAACGCCGGUGUACUCAAAUACCCAAACCGAGCAACAGAAAUAACAUUUCAAGACCUUUCAUAUCAUCUGACCACCAAUACCAUCGGGCCUAUUAUCUGCGCCCAGAAACUGAUCAACCUCAACCCAGAAAGUCCUCCCUCAAAGGUUAUCUUCAUCUCAUCCGACUCCGGAUCAGCCAGUAACUUCCUCGGCCAUGAAGACGGAUAUGCAGCAUACGCCGCAAGUAAGAGCGCGUUAAACCAGGCUUUGCGACAUAUGGCACAAGAACUCAAGAGGCGAGGUGGAAAGUGGUCCGAGACAUGUAUUCUGGCUCUUCAUCCAGGCGAGGUCAACACUGCGAUGAACGCUAUUGAUAUUCCAUGGGACUGUGGGCCUUUGUUGGAGGCUGAUGAGAGUGUUCGAGGUAUGCUCAAGGUCGUCGAGGAGAAGAAGGGCGAAGACAGUGGAACCUUUUGGUGCUGGGAUGGUAGAAACUAUCCAUGGUAA